AUGGGUUUGUUGCACUAUUUCCUUGGUCUUGAAGUCCAUCAAGUUGAAGAUGGAAUUUUUAUUUCACAAAAGAAAUAUGGCAGGGAUCUACUCAACAAAUUUGGCAUGCUUAAUUGCAAGCCUACAGCCACACCCAUGAAUAUUAAUGAAAAAUUACAUCAGGAAGACAGAGAAGAGUUCACAGAUGCAAGAUUGUUCAGAAGCUUGGUUGGAGUUCUAAUUUAUUUGACGCACACUAAACCCUAUAUCGCAUUUUCUGUAGGUGUUAUUUUCAGGUUUAUGCAACAACCUUCAAAGAUUCAUUAUGGAGCAGCAAAGAGAGUCUUGCGGUACAUUGUUGAAACUUUGGACUUUGGCUCAGGUGUGGUGACUUGGAGUUCAAAGAAGCAAGCUACAACAACAUUCUCAACCUCAGAAGCUGAGUAUAUUGCAGCAAAUUCAGCAGCUUGUCAAGCCAAAAUUUUUCGAGACCUGGGCUACAAUACAAUAGGCCCAGUAGGACCUGUUUUCCACCAG